UCAAAAUGAAUUCUGAACAAAAUUGUAAUGGAAAUGUGGUUUUCAUUGGAAUAAUUAUCAACUCACAUAUGGAUUUGGACUUUGCUUUUAAGAUCGACUGGGAGACAAAUGGGAAAAGGUGUUGCAGCCUCGGAAUGGUUCCAAUCGCGAUUGAAUCUGACGAGAAACUCGCGUGCCUAAAUAAAUUAGUCGCGAGUUGGGAUUACCCGGCCAACUACUGGACGUCCGGCCGGCGACUGUGGCCCAACGACACUUUUCACUUUUGCCUGCCAAAACCCCUCUCGACCGUGAGUUCCUCUUGGGCCUCGGGUCAGCCGGACAACGUCAACAAAAGCGAGGAUUGCGUCCACCUGUACGUCAACAAGACCGGCAUUUCCAUGCAAUUGACCGACGAAAAUUGCAACAGUUCAUACAUUUUCGCGUGCCAGGGAGCACCAACGCCGGCGCCUCCUUGCUCUGCUCCAGUUUGCCCUGUAUUAAAUUGCUUGAAAGACACUUCUCGUUUCUCCUUCUUGGCAGAUCAAAAAACGCAGUAUUUGACGAACCCAGCAGCAUACGGCCUGUGGUUCACCGUCAACGAGAGGACGUACUUGUUCAGCACUUCGGCCGAGUCCUGGUUGGUGGCGAGCAAAGAGUGUUGCAAACUGGGAAUGACGCUGUUGAGCAUCGAAAACGACUUCGAGUACGCCAAUCUGCAGGCGGCCGUCAAUUCGAACAAAUCGAUUCCGGGCGGCGCCUACUGGACUUCCGCUUCGGACGAAGGUUGCGAGAGGUCGUUCGGCUGGUGUUCGGUCAAUCAACUGCUUUUCAAAGCUGUUUGGGCGCAAAACAAGCCGGACGAUCGCGCCGCAAAGAAAAACUGCGCCAUCGUCCUCGUGGACACGGAAAGGGCCGAGCUGCACGACCAAGACUGCUCCACUUCCUUCAAAUACAUUUGCGAGGCUCGAGACACUUCAAAAUCGACAACUUCGGGCAGCGCCAUCAAAAACGAGUGCGCCGCCGUUUACAACGUGUCCGACGUGGAGAUGGCAGGAAUUUUCAACUACACCAAACUCGACACUCGAAUCAAGAUGGUGAAUGGAAAGUUGGUGACCGAAGGACUGAUAAAAAUGGCCGAAAUGACGUCCACGAAUGACGCCAAUCUGCAGCAAAACCUGAUCGCCGUGGACGAGUGCGCAGAGUUAAAGGGCAAGGACGAGUGCGACACGGCGGCCCUGGUGUACCAGUGCGGCCAGCAAAAGGCCCCAAAUCUUGUCGCCAACGUGAUCGCAGCGGUCGAAUUCAACACGUCGGCCGGGGACGUGCCGCUGCCACCGACGGAAGCGAGGUGCCCCUCGGGAUACUCGUGCGUGAUUGACCCGGACAAACGACGCGCUUUUGAACAAAACACACCAGCGUUGGCCUCGAUUGCGUACCACAGGAAUGCGUGCGGUGGAAAAACUUACGUUUCAAUUGGCGGCUGGUACUCAUUUGAAGGUGCGGCGAGCGUGUGUUGCCAAUUUGGUCUUCGGCUCGUUUCAAUCGAAACGAUCGACGAGUUCAAUUGUCUCAACAGUUUGUUCUCUUCUGGCGUGGACAUGCCGCUGUGGACGUCCGGCAGCAGUUUGGCCAACGUGAACGCGCCAAAGUGGUGCGGCUCCGAGUCGCUCGUCAACGUUUCGGCCUUCAAGUGGAAUUUGGCUUCGGGCGGCUCGCUGUCCUCGGACCCCAGCCUGUACUUUGUAGUUUUAUUCGUCGCUGCCAACCCAGCUGAUUCUCGACUGCUUAAUAUGGGCAGCAACGUUAAUUGGGUUUUUCCUCUCUGCGAGGAAUGAAUAUUAAAAUAAAAUAAAAUACAUAAAAAUAAACGCAGUUAAAAAUAUAAAAAAAACACAAACACGUUGGAAAUGAACAAUCCGGCUUUCCCUCCAAGUAAAAUUUUUUGUUAAUAAAAAAAAAUAUUAUAACGCUUUCAAUAUCUACAAUAAAAUAUAGCUAAAUAAAAAAAUGAGGUCUACAUUAACAUUAGAAACAUACGAGUUUCAUAAAAAUAUUUUGGUGUACAUUUUCUCGGCAUUUCAUCAGUCGAAAAAUACCAAGACGAGGAAAUAAUUUGCUUUCAAAAGGUGAAAUGACUUUUUACUUAAAUGAAGAUAAAUUGCAAACUAUUGAUACUGAAUUGAAUAAACUUUGAAAACGCGCAAUUCUCUUGCUCUGGUAUAAAAAAAACAUCAACAGAUUAAAUCGACUAUGAACCGCGAUGCUCUUUGAUACUUAACACCCAGGCCAUUUUAUUUUGUGCCAAAAUUAAAGCCACAUGAAAAGUCCUUGACCGCAAAGUAAAUUCGAACACGUGCACAAU